CGCCGCGUCGGUUUCAGAGUCGAACAUUCCGCACGUCAACCAGCCCCUGUUCAGCUGGCUCCAUUUCGGCUAGGACUAGUUUGCUGACAGGAGGCUCAAUUUAGACCUACCUGGUAUUUGGACUGGAGUUGAGAUCGAGAUCAGGAUACUAUGUGUACGGAGUAGGUGGAAGUAGAUACAUCAUUAGGGCUGGAUAUCACAUCAUCUACCGAGAGUAGACAUAUGUAAUAGGUACCCCGCUCGCAUCUCCAACUCCUCUACCUCAGUCACAGACAUACUAUCUAUCGAUCAGAGCACCAACUUAACAACCUAAACCAUCUACACUAAACGCCGAAAAUCAAAAUGUCCACCCCCGUGCACUUCGACCACGUCCUCAUCCAACUCUCCACCCCAGACUUCCACGCCCCGCCGCCAUGGCUGACGGAGAAUUUCACCAUCCUCGAGGGUGGCACGCACGCGGGCGGCGUCACACGCAAUAACCUCAUCCCCCUCCCCGACGGCACAUACAUCGAACUCCUAAAUUUCGUGACCCCGCCGGCUUCCCGCGCGGACUGGGCCUCCAAGUACCCGGGGGACUUUGCGCUGACGACGCUGCCCCCCGUCACCGCGACGGAGAAUUAUAACCGGUUGGUGAGCGCGCUGGAACCCUCACCCAAUGAGCCAGGGCCAGAGCCAGGGCCCAGAGCAGGAGACGGUGGUCUAGGCGUGACCUACAAGAAGCCCAUCCCGGGGGGACGACAGCUCUCGACCGGCGAGGAUGUCAAGUGGGAGAUUGUAGGGCCGGAGUAUAAGAGCGAAGAUGGAGGGGCGAGGGGUCCGACAGACGUGCCGUUUUUCUGCCACGACGUGACGGAGCGAAGGGUACGGGUUCCGCGUGUGCCUGAGACGGGUCAUCCGUCUGGGGCGGUGGGGGUGAAGGCGAUUGAGGUGUUGGUGGGGAGGGAGAGGGUCGGGGAUUAUGUGCAAUUGUAUACGUCUGUGUUGGGGGUGGAAGGGGAGGCGAGGAAGGAUGGGGACGGGGAGUGGGAGUUUCCGCUGAGGGCACCGGGGGCGGAGGAUGUGACGGGGGUGGUGAGGUUGAGGGGGUCGCGGACGGAGGAGGAUGAGAGGUUGUAA